UUUUCAGGCUUUUGCACCGCCACAGAUCGAAACAGAGGCGAUCCCUCAACAGAACGCCAAGAUCUUAGCGCGCCACUGUGGAUUGUAUCCUGUUGCCAAAGUUUGACGUGAACACUGGCAGUGGUAGCUGUUCAGCUGUUCACGAAGUAAAUGAUCAUACGGUCAUUCUUUUUUGCUUUUAGGUAAUUGUGGCCAUUUGUGUUCAGUUGAUUCGAGCGGUCAGGUUCACCACUCUCUACGUCCAGGACGUUCCAGAUCCACGGUCCCUGCAUUACUUGUUUCAAGGGUGCCGACAACUGGGACAGCACUUCGAGAUUGCCAAUUUUCGUGGUCUCUGCAUCAUCAAAUACGACAGCUUUCUGUUAUAAGUUAAGCAGCUAUGCAGACGGUCAAGGAAGCCACAGCCAGUGUCGUGGAAGGCGCGAAGGGCGUGGCGGAAAAGUUGGUGGGAGACUCACACGACCAGAAGGCGCAGGAGGACACCCAGGAGAAAGUCAAGGAGAGCCAGAAAGUUGAGGAACCUGGAGAGACUGAUGCGGUCCAAGAAGCAGUGGCUGGGCUAGAGGACGUCAAAGAGAGGAAGAGGAAGCAUGGUGACGUGUUGGGAAAUGAGCCUGCCACCGAGAAGAUGCCGGACAAGGAGGACGAGAAAGACGUCCAAAAGGCGUCCGCGGCGGACGCGGGGCUGAAGGAAUUAGAGCGGCUAGAACGGAACGUGGAGAAGGAGAACGAGGCCGCGCAGGACGAGUUGACGAAGAUGAGCAACGACAACAAGCGCGCAAAACCGAACGGCGCCGUCGAAGCGCAAGGUGGCGAUCAAGAGUGACUGCGCGACUUGGCAUAGGGUUGACUGUGUUCUGUAGGUUCAAAGCUGUGUUGAGCAUGUUGCCAUCGUUGAGUCCGAGAAAUUAUGACAGCCCUUGUUUUCAUUGGUUGUUGCGGUUCACCAGGGGGCUACGAGAUAGUGGCUUCCAACUCUUGUAAAAGGGGCUCUGGUUUUGUUGAUCGAAAAGUCAAAAUCUCGUCAGUUUUGGAUCGGCUAGAGCCGUAGUUGUUGGGGCAGCUAAGAGUCAUACUUUCUUGCGAUUAAUCAUUGUUGAUAUUUUGAUUGGACUCGCGCGCUGAGCCAUGAGUGAGUCUGGCGCACCGCAUGGCCUAUCAUUCUUAGCACCGGCU